AUGAAGACGGUCUGGGGUAAAAGUGGCAGCAGGAUCACAUUACCCUGCGCAGUGGACCUCGACCCAAACGACAAGUUCUCAAUUGACUGGAGAAAGGAUGAUCAGCUGAUUCUCAGCGCCUAUGGGAAUGAGAGAGGGCAUGUGACUCCAUCAUUGCAGGGAAGACUUGCACGAGACGACAAGCUUGGAAUCACCAUUCACUCGGUGUCCAAUCAAGACGCUGGAAUUUACCAAUGCAUAGUCACCCGUUUCUCAAAACAACCUACUAAACCAAUCAAAGGAACUUCUUUGAAAUUAAUAGUCAAUGUUGCUCCUAUUGUAAAUUUCCCAAAAAAUGGGGAGAUAUUCUUCAAAAAACACGGCGAUAUUUUGUCCAUUGAAUGUAAAGCGGAUGGAGUUCCAUCUCCAGAAAUAACAUGGUCCAAGAAUGACCAAAUCGUGUCGACAUCCGCUGUGCUAAGCAUUUCCAAUCUCACUGAAGGAGAUAAGGGCCAAUACUCAUGUCUCGCUGUAAAUGUCGAAGGAGCAACGUCUUCUUAUAUAGAUCUUCGAUUCACCAGAGAAACAACAUUGGAUCUUGUGCCAAUUAAUAAAACGGUGAUGGAAGGCUCGAAUCUGUUCUGGCAUUGUCACGCGAAUUCAAACCCUGGCACUAUUGUGUACUCAUGGCUUUUCGAGAAGAAGCAGAUCAAAACAACACCGGCGGGAUUGAGAGCAAAUAUAAGGAACGGCGAUCUCUCACUUCAAGACGUUAGAAAGACAGACGCUGGUUGGUACACGUGCGAGGCCAAAAAUGGCCACGGCGAUAUUGUCAGCUCAUCAGCACAUUUGGAAGUAUUGUAUCCGCCCGAGCCUACUAAUCACCAUCAACCAGUCAAGACGAUUGCGUCCGGUAGGAAUUCAUCAAUUUCGUGCGAUGUGAUCGCGAAUCCGAAGCCCACCAUUUACAUUUGGUCAAAGAAUGGCCACUUUCUGACAUCUCAGACGGAGGAAAAGCUAUCAAUUUACAACGCAAAAGCCGGCGAUAAUGGAAUUUAUGGAUGCCAGGCGGAAAAUAUUGCUGGAAAGGGGCCGAUUGUUGAGACGCAUCUUAUUGUUGCCGAGCCUCCGGUGUUUACUGUCCUACCGCCAUCGAAAAUUAAAGUCAGACAAGGCGAUCAAGUGAGCGUGCCCUGUCAAGGCUUUGGUGACCCAAUGCCAAUUGUCUAUUGGAUACGAGACAAGAAGCGACUCAAUCAAUCGACACUCAAUUUCAGAGCCAUCUCCCAUGAAGAUCAUGGAUCUUAUCAAUGUGUCGUUAGCAAUUCGGUGGAGACAUUGAAAACGGAGACCAUGAUUAUCGUUGAGAGUACAAAGCCUCAACCUGUCACAAAGGUGCGAUUCACUUGCGAGAGCAACUAUUCGUUGAAAAUAAGUUGGCUGCCAGGAUACAAUGGAGGAUACGAUCAAACAUUUGCCAUUCACGCUCAGAAUGAGGCCAACCUUCAGUGGUCGACAAUUCGAACAUCUCGCAAUGAGUCAAUUUUGGAAAACAUGGAGCCAUUCAUCUCCUAUCGAGUAACAAUUGAAAGUCAGAAUAUUAAAGGAGCAACAAAUUCGACAACUUUUAACCGUCGAAGUUGCUCAACUUUAUAUCCGCCGGAGAAAUUGUUUUUUUGCGGAAGAAAUGAACUAUGCUGGACGCCUGCCGAUGGAGCAAUUUCGUAUCAAGUGGAGCGAAAAAUGGAACCUGGCCAGAGCUAUCAGCCCAUCGCAGAAGUUGCUGAGAAUUAUUAUCGACUUGGAAAAGAAAUUGAAAACGAGAAAAUGGUAUUGUAUCGUGUGAAAAGUUUACGUCCAGCAUUCCAACCAAGUGAGCCGAGUAUCCCGUUCAGAAUUGGCCCAUCAGAUAAUAUGGAAAUCUCGUUGCUCCUUCUUGGCGGAAUUCUCGGAUCAUUGUUCCUUUUCUGCUGCUUCAUUUGCCUGUGGCGUCUCUGCAGCACAUCUUCAAAGAAGAAAAAGCAAAAAUCACGCAAAGGAGGAUCUGCAAUGAAAACGUAUCAAGAAUUUGGAAGAUACACCUAUGAUAGUGGAAGUGGGGAUUCAAGUCAUCCUGGAACUGAAACAUAUUAUGAACCUUCAUUGAGAUUAUUGGAUGAGAAGUACGAAUGGAGAGGCCCACGAGAUGUCGAGCCGGUGUAUGCAAGAUACCCACAGAGCCUUGUUGAAUAUGACUUCGAGACCGGCGACGAGAAUCCAGUGGACGAUAUGUUCCGCGAUCGUUACAUUUUGAGCGCCGACGACCCACCGCCACAACUUUAUCAGGACUUGCGAUUGGAGCGACUUCGGCGAGAGUACAAGCAGUCACAAAUUUAA